CAGUGAGUUCCUUCUUCCCGGCCACAUCGGCGUCACCAGCCCAGAACCGCUGCCUCCACCAUGAAGCUGCUGACAGUCCUCAUGCUGAUUGCCCUCCCCCUCUCCUGCUUUGCAGGUUCUGGCUGCUUGCUCCUUGAGAAACUGAUAAAUGAUACAAUUUCUACUGACGUGACCACGGAUCAGUACCUCAAGGAUUAUCAAGAAUUCAUACCCGGGGAAACCACUAAAAACGCCGCAGAGAAAAUGAAGGAUUGUUUCCUCAAAGUUGGCAAGAAUGAGACGACUCAGGCCAACAUCCAAAAUAUGAUGCAAUAUGUAUAUAACAGUACUCGGUGUGCUAGAUUUUAACUUUCCACAAGACCUUCAGCUCAGACAACUACAGAGAAUGAUCAGAACCGACUGUGUAUUGGUAGAAACCACAACUUACCUUUCUAUUUUUGUCUUUUGAUCUGCAAACUUCAAGACAAGUGUUGAAACCUCAAAUGCAUUUUCAUUUCAAUAAAG